CAGCCCGCCACCAUGAACGGGGCCCUGAUCCCCCACACGCCCAUCGCUGUGGACUUCUGGAGCCUGCGCCGGGCUGGUUCCGCACGGCUCUUUUUCCUGUCCCAUAUGCACUCGGACCACACCGUGGGUCUGUCUAGCACCUGGGCACGGCCUCUCUACUGCUCCCCAGUCACCGCUUUCCUCCUGCACCGACACCUGCAGGUGUCUAAGCAGUGGAUCCGAGCCCUGGAGGUUGGUGAGAGCCAUGUCCUGCCUCUAGAUGAAAUUGGGAGAGAGACCAUGACUGUAACCUUGAUGGAUGCCAAUCACUGCCCUGGCUCUGUCAUGUUUCUCUUUGAAGGAUACUUUGGAACCAUCCUAUACACAGGUGACUUUCGGUAUACACCGUCCAUGCUGAAGGAGCCAGCCCUGAGCGUGGGGAAACAGAUCCAUACCUUGUACCUCGACAACACCAACUGUAACCCAGAGCUGGCUCUUCCUUCCCAACAAGAAGCUACCCGCCAGAUUGUGGAGCUCAUUCGAAAGCACCCGCAGCACAACGUAAAGAUCGGACUCUAUAACCUGGGCAAAGAGUCCCUGCUGGAGCACCUGGCCCUGGAGUUCCAGACCUGGGUGGUGCUGAGUCCUCGGCGCCUGGAGUUGGUGCAGCUGUUGGGCCUGGCAGACGUGUUCACAGUGGAAGAGAAGGCCGGCCGCAUCCAUGCCGUGGACCACAUGGAGGUCUGCCGUUCCGCCAUGCUGCGCUGGAACCAGACCCACCCUACUAUUGCGGUCCUUCCCACCAGCCGGAAUAUCCACCGCGCCCACCCCAAUAUCCACGUCAUCCCUUACUCCGACCAUUCCUCCUACUCGGAGCUCCGUGCCUUCGUCGCAGCGCUGAGGCCUUGCCAGGUGGUGCCCAUUGUCAGGCGACAGCCCUACAGGGACUACUUUCAGGACAGCCUGAGCCCCAGGCUCUCCGCGCCCCCGAUCCCAGACUCUGUGCGGCAAUACAUGAGUUCCUCCUCUAGAAAACCAAGUGUUCUGUGCCUGUUAGGAAGGAGGCUCAAGAGGCCAAGAGCCCAGGGUGUCAUGUUUGAAUCUCUUGAGGAGAAGGCUGAUCGAUUUCAAGCUGACAGGGACUCAGAGGAGGCCAAGAAGAAGAACCUUUCUGGGAACCUUCAGAAGGCGCCCUCCCACCAUCCUUUGCAGAUUAAGAAGCAGUUGUUCCCAGACCUCUGCAGCAAAGAGUGGGGUGGGGCAGUCCCUUUCUCUGAGUCCCAGCAGAGGGUGACCGCACUGACUGCCCCCUUGGGUUUUUCAGUUCAUUUAAGGUCCACAGAUGAGGAAUUUAUCUCUCCGGAAACCGGGGAGGAAUUCGGUGUGGGGCCCCACGUGGGCCCCAGGGGAGGCAGCGACGGCUCAGCAGCCCCUGGGACCCAGCACGUGAGGCGGCACGAGGAUUCACCCCCGUGUCACAGCAGCGAGGCUCUCCCUCUUCCGGCUUCUGAGUUCAGCAGCCUGACACUAAAAUACCUCCUGACUCCCGUGACCUUUUUCCAGGCGAGGUUCUCUUCCAGCGGCUUCGACCAGCAAGUGGAAGAGUACCACAAAUCCUUGCUAAGUCCAUAUGGGGGAGAGUAUGACCUUGUUUGAUCCUGCACUCCGGUUUGAGAGAGAGUGGAUGACGGCUGGCGGGGGUUCGUCUAGGGCCUUUCCUGUCUUCCCGGGAUCCUUCUGGGCUCACCCUGGAGCGACGCUAAUUCAAGUGUGUUCACUGGAAGCCUAACGCUUACAGACUCUUGAGUUUAUGGUUGAUUGAAGACAGUUCUCAUUAAAACCCCUUCACAGUGUAAGUCCAUGUUAGGUUCCAAGGAGGCCUGCAUGACCAUCUGUUUACAUUUCUUUAAUACAGUAUUUCUCCAACAUUUUAGAACAUGCAGUCCUCUUAGGUGGCCGUAGAAAGAGUUAAAGAGUCUGAGUCAAAAAGUUUCAGGUUGUCCUGGCUGGUGUGGCUCAGUGGAUUGAGCACUGGACUGCAAACCAAAGGGUUGCUGGUUCGAUUCCCAGUCAGGGCACAUGCCUGGGUUGCAGGCCAGGUCCCUGGUGGGGGGCAUGCAAGA